AUGGUGGUCGAAGGGGAAUAUUCUCCCGACUUGAAUGACGAGCACCUUUUCUCUUUAGUCACCCAGAUCAAGGACUGGCAGUGUUUCCCAACACCUUUUCCCCGGGCAAAAUUUCAUCAAGCAGUAGACCUACAGAAAAUAUUCAAUCGGCUCUAUUGCGCCGUUGCCGCAGAUGAGGGAUGGAUAUUUAAUGCGAUCCGAGACCUGGUCCCUCAUGAGCCCCUUGCCUCAGCACUCUGGGGAAUUCAUCGCGCAGUCAAGCUUGCAGGAUAUGCUCAGAGCAUUUCGGUGGGCAUCUUUCGCUCGGAUUACAUGCUCCAUUGUAACAUUGGCGAGGACUUGUCAGGUUCCCCUAAUAACCUCUAUGAAACGAGUUUGGCACAGGUAGAGUUGAAUACAUUCUCCAGUGCUGGUGCCGCGCAUGCAAACAAGGUGGCAGAUAUGCAUCGCUACUUGGAACACACUGGGAUAUAUAAUAAAGGUGAUAUAUCUGUGGAUCUUGUAUCUUUACCGCUUAAUACAAACAUCGAGUCGCUUGCCUCCUGUCUCGCCUUAGCGCACACUAAAUAUGGACCCCCAAAAAGCCAAGGGGUGCAACGGACAGCAAUUCUUUUCAUUGUGCAACCGAGAAAUUUCAAUAUUGCAGAUGAGCGACCGAUUGAAUACGCACUAUGGAACCAGCGCGACCCAGUACCUGCCUACCGACUUGAAUUCGGGCAAGACGUGCUCCAAUAUACCUGGCUCAAUGAAGAUCGACAGUUGCUCUUUCAUCCACCAUGGAUAGCAUCAAAAGCGCCAUUAGAGAUAUCGGUGAUAUACAUGCGCGCGGGAUAUGAAGCGGAUGAGUACAAUGAAGUGGGCAGGGAGGCGCGCCUCCAGCUCGAAAAAUCAACUGCCAUCAAAUGUCCUUCUCUUCUUGCCCAUCUGGCUACGUUUAAAAAAGUGCAGCAGGCGCUGACCAUUCCGGGGGCCCUUGAGCGUUUCCUCGGUCCUCAAGAAGUUGCCGCGAUCCGCCAAACCCUUGUUCCUAUUUAUCCGCUAGAUGAGUCAGAGUCGGGCAUGUAUGCUCGGGAAGUAGCCUGUGAUCCUGAACAGUGUUCGAAUUACAUCUUGAAGCCCUCUCUCGAGGGCGGCGGUCACAAUAUCUACGGCGAUAAAAUCCCCGGGUUUCUUGCAUCGAUUCCGAAGUAUCAGUGGCCCUCUUAUAUCUUGAUGCAGAAAAUUGUGCCGCCAACUUUGCCUGGUCUAUUGAUGGGACCCGCUGGGGUAGAUGAUGGAGAAGUUGUCUCCGAGCUGGGGAUCUUGGGAUGUUGUUUAUGGCAGGUCAAUCAAUCUUCUGAAAUUCGCUGCGACAUGCUCCAUAACUCGGUCGGUGGUUGGACCUUCAAAUCAAAGCAUGCUUAUACAAAUGAAAUGAGUGUGGUCAAGGGAUAUGGCUGCUUCGAUACGCCACGUCUAGUGGAACCUUGA